AUGUCAAAGGAGAGGCGUUCAGACGCUUUUCAGAAUAUUUUUGGUAGGCCAUCAGCCAGCCACCACCAGCAGGGAUAUAUGCCCCACCAGCGCUAUUACCAGCAGGCGGCCCAGCAACAGCAGCAGCAGCAGUACUAUCAGCAGUAUUAUUACCAGCAGUACGGCUAUGACUACGAUCAAUACUACCGCUCACAGUCUGCAAUGGGUUACAAUCAGCAGCAGCCAUACUAUAACCCCAGCGCUUACAACUACGGGAAUGAUGAACAGCUUCCGACGUCUGGAUCAACGAAUAGUCAAUACUCUAGCAGCUCAGCCUAUGCUCUACCACAGUCAUCUAGUUCUCAAAGCUAUUUGGGAAAUUAUCAGGGGAUUCCUCGCGUACCAACCGCUCCACCUGAUCGUCUGAUGGAGGUAGAAGAAGAGACUCAAGCUCUACCACCGCCAGCCUAUUCUCAAGCGACGCACGAGAAUUAUGUUCCAAGAGUAUCUCAAACGCCUACUCCAGUGGCCUAUAAUAGGCCUUCACAAACUCCGUUGAGCAUCCCACAGUCGUACAAUUACUCUCAACAACGUAGUGUCAGUGGUGGUCCAGCAACGACGAUCGCGACACAGGCACCUCCAUCUGUGAUAACAGAACCAACACGCAGUGAUACACUCAACACGCCAUCAGUUACACCUGCGCAGCGCGCAAACUCUUUUCCAUCAGCUGCACAAACUGGAGCUAGUCCUACCUUCCCUAAAAUAACUGCGAGAUCAGGUAGCAAAAACAGAAGAGAGGCUAUUAUUGCUCCGCGUAGGAGCGCACUUAAUAAAAUCUAUCCUGCACUUCUAUCACGCGUAGCCGAAGCUUUUAAAUCUCAAUUACCGCUUUCUGAAAAAGUGAAGGAUGAUUUGACCUACACGGAGGCAUUCGAUGGUUCACAAGCUGUUGACUUGUUAUGUCAAAUUAUACGCACAACUGAUCGUAACAUCGCCUUACUCCUUGGUAGAAGUUUAGACGCACAGAAAUUCUUCCAUGAUGUACACUGGGAACAUAGAUUGAGAGACAGUGAUAAAGAGAUUUAUCGCUUCAAGGAAAGAAUUCCAUCACCUAUUUUCGCAGAUGGUGAAAAUGCUCCUGUAGAUAUCGACGAUGAUGAUGAUUUGGAUGAUAGCGAAUCACCUAAAGGAUCAAACAAUCUUGCUCCAGCUAAAGUAGCUAUACCUUCACGUUCUGCUUCAAUGCCUUCCAGAUUUAAGAAUAAGAAAUCAUCAGUUGAUAGGAAGGAUAAGUUAGCUACUUCUAAUAAACAACCAAGAUCAUCUGCACCAAUUGACUUCACCUACAAUGAAGCAGAUGGUAGUGAAGUUAAGGAUUCAUCUAGUUCAACAUCUAUUAAUGAAUUACCUACCGGUGUUUUCACUCUUCUUACUGCUUGUUAUUCACCAACUUGCACAAAGGACAGACUUUGUUAUAGUAUAACAUGUCCACGUCGAAUUGAGCAACAACAUCGUAUGGCAAAUCGUGGCACUAUUAAAAACUCAGAAGGAUCCCUCAAGCGCUCGACGACUAAGAAGGUUGCCAAGAACGUCUUAACUAGAGAAAGUAUUGGUGAAGAACCAGUAAUUGAAGAGACUAUAACUGAAGGUCUUAAUGAACUCAACGUUGGUGUUGGAGAAGAAGCCAGUGAUGGUGUCGUCAAAGCUGAAUUAGGAAGUAGCUCUAAUAUAGCCAGUGAUAGAGCAUCUGGACAGCUAUGGGUGGAAUCAGUUCCAAAGGAAGUCGUAGAAUCUUGCUCUAGUGAUGAAAUCAAGAGACAAGAAGCUAUCAACGAGGUUAUAUACACAGAGCAAGAUUUCGUUCGUGACUUGGAGUAUCUCCGCGAUUUCUGGAUGGAGCCAUUGAGCUCUGGAAAUAUAAUACCUGAAGACCGUCGCAUGGCGUUCUUGCAACAGGUUUUCUGGAAUGUUUUAGAAAUUCAUGCGUCAAAUGUACAGCUGCGUGAUGCGCUAGCAAGAAGACAAAAAAGUAAACUUAUAGUUGACCGUAUUGGUGAUGUUCUUCUUCCAUUCGCUCAGAGCUUUGGUCCAUUCGUCAAUUAUGGUUCACAUCAAUUAUAUGGAAAAUACGAAUUUGAGAAAGAAAAAUCCUCAAAUGCUGAGUUUGCCAAAUUUGUGACGGAAGUUGAACGCAAAAAGGAGUCUAGAAAGCUGGAGUUGAAUGGAUACCUAACUAAACCUACUACAAGACUGGCUAGAUAUCCCCUCCUUCUUGAUGUAGUGUUGAAAUACACGCCGGAUGACCAUCCUGAUAAGAAGGAUAUCCCAAUAGUCGUUGAUAGCAUUCGCGCUUUCCUUAGAAGAGUCAAUGUUGAAACUGGCAAGAGUGAAAAUCGUUUCAAUCUCGCGCAAUUGGAUUCUCAAUUACAAUAUAAACCUGGCCAGGAGCGUACUGAUUUACGUUUGACUGAUGAAUCCAGAGAACUGGUAUUUAAAGGUGCGCUUAAAAAACGCGGUGGUGCACCACCAAGUGAAAGCGCUGAAUUACAAUUGUUCCUCUUUGACCAUGCUAUUUUGUUGGUCAAACCGAAGAUUGUACACAAGCAUGAAGUAUUUAAGGUUCAACGUAAACCUAUUCCUCUCGAAAUGUUAGUCGUCACGUCCAAUGAUGAACAGUUCAACAGUCGGCAAAACAGUUACUCAGUUCCUGCAUCAUCAGGUCACAAACCACGCACACUUCUAAAGAGCCAAAGUCAUGCCAAGAUGAAUGAUCUUACACAUAGUGAACGCGAUAGCACACAUUCGCUGCAUGACACGAUCAGCACUGAUACACUCAGCACGACAGCACCACCAAAACCUGAGUCCAGAUUGGGUUAUUCUAUGACUCUCCAUCACCUUGGUCGUCGUGGCUAUUCGGUCACACUUUGGGCAUCUACUUUUAUGAAUAGACGUAAAUGGCUCGAGCAUAUUCACAACAGACAGAAAGCCCUCAAGGAGACUAAGGCACCAUUUGAGCUUGAUAUUAUCAGUGAUGGCUUCUUCAUCGGUACAGAUAAAGCUAAUUGUGCAGUACCAUACUCUCAAGGUAGAAAAUUAGUUUAUGGUACAGAUAAUGGUAUUUAUAUGUCUGACAAACCGAAUGAACCACCAAGGAAAGUUAUUGGUAUGCCAUCAGUUACACAAAUUGAAGUCUUAGAGGAAGAUGAAAUUAUCGUCCUUUUAGCUGAACGCUCCAUUUGGACUUUCGAAUUGAGUGUUCUCAAUGAGAAUGAUCCUGAAGGUAGCUUGAAGAUGGGCAGGAAAAUCUCUUCACAUACGUCGUUCUUCAAGAGUGGCAAAUGUCUUGGAAGGACUUUAGUUUGUAUUGUCAAGAGUUCUAGUUUGUCAUCGACUAUAAAGGUACUCGAACCAAUUGAGAAGGAUCUGAGGAAUAGCAAGAAACCUCCUACGUUGAAAAAGUUAGUCGGUGGUGGUAAAGAAGUCCUCAGAGUAUUCAAAGAAUUCUACAUACCCACAGAAUCCUCAUCUAUACACUUUUUACGGUCAAAAUUGUGUGUUGGAUGUACUAAAGGAUUCGAAAUUGUGGAUCUUGAAACUCUAGAUACUCAAGGUUUACUUGAUCCAGCUGAUACGUCGCUUGAUUUUGUAGUGAAGAGAGAAGGCGUUAAGCCAAUGGCUAUUUAUAGAGUUGAGGGAGACUUCCUCCUUUGUUAUGAUGAUCUCGCUUUCUAUGUCAACAAAAACGGUUGGAGAGUACGCAAAGAUUGGUUAAUCAGAUGGGAAGGUCAACCUAGAGGUUUCGCGUUCUAUUACCCUUACAUAUUAGCAUUCGAUCCGAAUUUCAUAGAAGUUAGACAUAUCAGUAAUGGUGAAUUGGUACAAGUUAUCGCAGGUCAUGGUAUUUCCUUGAUGUAUGCAGAUUCAUCAAACUCGACGCCAUUAUCCGUACAAUCGCAAUUGGAGUUAGAGGCCCAAGCACAGGCACAGACAGCCCAACAGGCCACUGUCGCAGCUAUGCAAGCUGGCUAUCCACCACAUCAAGCAACUGCAUACGGUCAGCAUUAUGCAGCACAGCAGCAUUACGCUAGACAGCAAUACCAACAGUACGCUCAGCAACAAGCACAGCAGCAAGGGUACUCUGUCGGAGCUCCAAAUUAUAGUUUACCAUUCAACAGUAGUGGCGGUAAUGUGAAACCAGUGACAGCAACCGCAUCGCAGAAACAACCGGAUUCUACCAAGCAUACUGUUUACGCUGAUGACGGUCACAUUAUAGCUCUCAGAGUAAAACAAAGCUAA